AUGAGUGAUGAUCGCAACUCAGUUGGAAUCAAACGGCGAAGACUUUUCAGCCCGCAAGAUGAUAAACGUCUGGAGCAGAUCAUUCGUGAAGGCAACUUUUCUGGCUGGAAAGCUGUAGCCAAAUCAAUGCCAGGUUUUACACCGAAGCAACUAAGAGACAGAUGGCAUAAUUAUCUGUCCCCAAAAAAUUCGUUGGCUCCAUGGAGUCUGGAAGAAGAUAUUAUCAUAGUUCAAAAAAUUAAGGAAUUAGGAACUAAAUGA